GCAGGAGGUGAAGGCAAUUUUCCCCCAGCUUUUCCUGGCACUGCUUUUCCAAGUGUCAUUCACCACUGAGCUGAUGCCUGCGGAGGUGCUGAUGUGGUGGGACAACCAACAGGAGCAGUGCACUCCUAUCAGGUCUGCCGUGCAGUCCAUGAGAGUGCUGCUCUGCAGCAUGGGCUUGGAGAGCCAGGUGCUGGCCAUCCAGGAACAGGGGGGCUGGGACGCCCUGCUCAGAGCCAAGACCCACCUCAUGGGAGUGCGCAUCGUGGCCAGGGAGAUGAUGGAGAUGCCAACGCUCCUGCGCUCCACCUUCUUCUGCCAGCUGGCAGAGAUCCUCAGCGGGAAGGACCCGAGCUGUGAGAUGAUUGCCAUGGUCUUCUUCAUUGAGACAGUGGAGUGCUCUGACUGUGAGGAGGAGCUGCAACGUGCCCUGAAAAUCCUGGCCAUGUAUCUGCAGAGCCAGUGCCUGGGGAUGCCCAGCCUGGUGCUCAGAGCCAUCCUCAGGCUCACCCAGAGGCCCGACACAGCAAGGAAAACCCUCGUCCUGCUGCCACUCGUCCUGGAGCGGCUGCGGGAUGACGACGGCGCCAGCAGCGCCGCAGCCCUGCCCGUGCUCGCCGCCAUGCUGCGGCUGCUUGAGGGGAGGAGGCUCAACCUCGCCGCCCUGGAGCUGGCUGACAAGCUCUGGCCCCUCUUUGGCAACGAGUCGGACACUGUGCGGGAGCUCUCCAUCCGUCUCUUCCGAGAUGCGAUGAGGCUCGUGGCGCGCCAAGGGAAGGAAAAGAUGAAGAAGGUGGUGUGCAACAGCCUGCUGCCACUGCUCUUCCACCUGCACGACGAGAGCAAGAGUGUGGCCCAGGUGGGAUUCCCAACCCAGCUGCUCCUUUAG